AAUAAAACGACUUGAUGUCGUUUGCCAGUAUAUAAUAGCAAUUCACUCGGCGUGGUUGGAGCCUGUUUCGGCAGAAAUAAUAUUGAGACAUGAAACUUAUCACCACUGUUAUCUUCGUGAUAUUGCUUCAGCAAUACUCACUCGCAAAUCUCGUGCCCAAAGAGAUUCGCCGAAGAGCUGAUAUUGCCGACCAUCGAGUGCACACUGAUGAACAUAUUGAAUUGGGUACACCAAAGCAACUGAAACGGGAAGGCGAAAAUGAAAACGAUUUUUGGUUGGAUAUUGCCAAAACCUUUGUUGAUGCUCAGUUGACGAAGCGGGUAAACACAAACAGAGCGAAAAAUGUGAUUUUCUUCCUCGCCGAUGGUAUGUCGGUAGCUACGUACAACGCAGCCCGUGUAGCUAAAGGGGGAGAGGAAGAAUCACUGUCAUUUGAAAACUUUCCCCAUAUGGGAAUGGUUCGAACGUAUUGUGUAGAUUACCAGGUGGCUGACUCUGCAUGCACGUCUACAGCUUAUUUGACCGGGGUGAAAGCCAAUUAUGGUACGGUUGGUGUGAGCGCCAAAGUUCCAAGAUAUGACUGUACCGCACAAUUAGAUCCAUCAACACAUACUGAGUCGAUUUUUAAAUGGGCCUUAGAUAGCAACAAAUCAGCUGGGAUAGUAACCACAGACGUUGUAACUGGCGCUUCUCCCUCUGGCGCUUAUGCUCAUUCAGCCAACAGAUACUGGGAAAAUGAUGUCGACGUUUUAGCAGAUGGUUGCGAUCCCAAUAUAAUUGACGAUAUAUCCAAGCAGUUGAUUCGGGGUGAUGUUGGUAGUCGUUUGCAUGUUAUCCUAGGCGGUGGCCGCGCAGAAAUGAGAAACACAACCUUUAUAGAUGAAGAAGGUUCGGCCGGAUACAGAACAGAUGGUUUAGACUUAAUACAAGAAUAUCAAGACGCUAAAUCACAUUUAAGAUCCAGAUACGUGUGGAACGCUACUGACUUCAGAUCGAUUAACCCGAAUGAAGUUGACUAUUUGCUGGGUUUAUUUGAAAGCAGCACCAUGGAGUACAAUCGUGACGUCGUCGAAAGUGGUAACGAAGACAAAGAACCAACGUUAGCAGAGAUGACUGAGAAAGCAAUUGAUAUUCUCAGUAAAAAUGAAAACGGAUACGUUCUGUUCGUUGAAGGACAAAAAAUCGAUUCAGCGCAUCACAGCAAUUACGCACGCUUAUCUCUGGACGAAACACUUGAAUUUGCAAAGGCCGUCGAGUUAGCGAGAAACAAAGUGAAUGAAGAAGACACAUUGAUUGUUGUUACUUCCGAUCACUCGCAUACACUGUCGUACAAUGGCUACGGAGGCCGUGGAACAGACAUUUACAGUCCAGCUGAACGGAGUAACAUUGACGGCAAACCGUACAUGAAAUUGAUGUAUGCAAACGGACCCGGUUAUCCAAAUCACAUGAGUGCUGCCCAAAGGACUCGCAUUGAUUUAUCGAAAAUAGACACAUCGAGCAACCGCUUCAGGUUCCCAGCUGGGUUACUGGUUUCAUCGGAAACUCAUGCUGGUGAAGAUGUAGCCGUAUUCGCAUCCGGUCCUUGGUCUCACCUAUUUAGUGGUGUUUACGAACAGCAUGUGCUGACCCAUUUAAUGGCAUAUGCAUCGUGCUUGGGUGACGGUUUGACUCAUUGUACAUAGGAUAUAAGAUUAUUUAUUGAGAGAGAAAUGAAACGAUCGAAAUAAAAUCUGAUUGUUGGUUGAAU